AGUAAACUUGACUCCAUACGCACAUACAGUCAAAAAUGCAGGUGCUAUUCAAUUUACCUUGUGUUACUGGUGUCCCUGUCCUGAUUUGAAUCAGUCCGAGAAGAAACAACAACAAAAAACAGUACUGUCCUGUGGCCUCCACGGCUGCAUUCGAGUGGGAAAUCUCCAAUUGUAUAAUGUCUUUGCCUGCAACCCGGUAGCAUCUGCACCGUACUUCCUGUGUUUACUAGUGUGUGUGAUCCUUAAAGUGGUAGCACAGGGAGACAAAUUCCCAAUGAAUAAAAUUCCUGAUAGAACAUAAAGACAAUCAGCAGAUGUUUUCAGGGGGUGUACGUUUCGAACGAAGGAGGAAAUAAAUGUGGUGGCUGUGUUGCCCCCUGUCUCAGCCAGCACGGACGGAGUUGUUUCUGACAUUUGAAUGAAAAACAGUCUGAAUUGCUACCACUUUGGACAGAUGAAAUAAUGGCUUCAGCCUUGGAGCAGUUCGUGAACAAUGUGCGGCAGCUCUCUGCACAAGGUCAGAUGACACAGCUGUGUGAACUGAUCAACAAGAGCGGGGAGCUGUUGGCCAAGAACCUGUCCCACCUGGACACUGUACUGGGGGCCUUGGACAUCCAGGAGCACUCCUUGGGCGUGCUGGCUGUGCUGUUUGUGAAGUUCUCCAUGCCAAACAUCCCUGACUUCGAGACGCUCUUUUCCCAAGUCCAGCUCUUUAUCAGUACCUGCAAUGGGGAGCACAUCCGAUAUGCAACAGACACUUUUGCCGGCCUCUGCCAUCAGUUGACAAACGCCCUUGUAGAACGGAAACAGCCAUUGAGGGGCGUCGGCAUUCUAAAACAGGCAAUAGACAAAAUGCAGAUGAACACAAACCAACUUACCUCAGUUCAUGCAGACCUGUGUCAGCUGUGCUUGUUAGCAAAGUGCUUCAAGCCUGUCCUCCCGUUUCUUGAGCUUGACAUGAUGGACAUCUGUAAGGAGAAUGGCGCCUACGACGCAAAGCACUUUCUAUGUUACUACUAUUACGGCGGCAUGAUCUACACGGGUCUGAAGAACUUUGAAAGAGCACUGUAUUUUUAUGAACAGGCAAUAACCACUCCAGCUAUGGCAGUCAGUCACAUCAUGUUGGAGGCCUAUAAGAAGUACAUCCUGGUCUCCCUGAUUCUACACGGCAAAGUGCAGCAGCUCCCCAAAUACACAUCACAGAUAGUUGGGAGGUUCAUAAAGCCUCUCAGCAACGCCUACCAUGAGCUUGCGCAGGUGUAUGCCACCAACAACCCAGCAGAACUGCGUACCCAGGUGAACAAACACAGCGAGACCUUCACACGCGACAACAAUACAGGCCUUGUCAAGCAGUGCCUGUCAUCCCUCUACAAGAAGAAUAUCCAGAGGCUAACAAAGACUUUCUUGACGCUGUCCUUGCAAGACAUGGCAAGUCGAGUGCAGCUGUCAGGGCCCCAGGAGGCGGAAAAGUAUGUCUUGCACAUGAUUGAAGAUGGCGAGAUCUAUGCCAGUAUCAACCAAAAGGAUGGCAUGGUCUGUUUCCAUGACAACCCGGAGAAAUACAACAACCCCGCAAUGCUUCACAAAAUUGACCAAGAGAUGCUGAAGUGUAUAGAGCUUGAUGAGAAACUAAAGUCCAUGGAUCAAGAAAUCACAGUAAACCCGCAGUUUGUGCAGAAGAGUAUGGGAACGCAGGAGGAUGAUGUAGGCAGCAAAACGUCAAGUUACUCCUGAGAGCCAUGGACAGGGGAGAACACUGCCACCCUUCAGGUUCUCAUUGGAUGACUUUUUUUUAAAGUGGAAAAACAUUCUAUUGAGUAUGGACAUUGGUCAAGGAAAAUCUAAAUGUGUGGAAUGAUAAUUUGGUUAUUUCUUUCACGGUGUCUUGAGGAAACCUAAACAAAAAAACAAUUUUGUCAGUGUUUUAUUUAUCAUUGUUCAGGCGGAAGAGCCACUGCUGCAUUAUCAACCAUAAUAAUAAAAACUGGACUUAUUUGUUCAAAAAGAAUGUGUGAUAAAGCACCGUUUUUCUGUUGCAUGAUAUAUAUAUAUUUUUUAAGAAUUUCCUUAUAGGAUAACAUGCAACAUUUGAGGAAAUCUUAAGUCUCAUGUUUUGAAGAUCAGUAAUUUCCCUCGACCUGCAAGACAAAUUUUCUGGUAUAUCACAUGGAGAUUUGACAACAAAAACAAGGCUGUACUUCUGCCCAUGAACAAAUGUAGAAAGGCUAGUACAGUUUAAAAAAUUAAACAAUUGGUGCACUGUUUUUUUCCAUCCCCUAGAGGUCUCUCGUGUACUGUGUUGUACUGUAGUUUGCAUUUACUGCAGGUGGGGUGAGCUCUUGAGCUGGAGUCAUACUUAUCUGUUAUCUGGAAGGACUCAAGAAUACAUUGAUUCAGUAAAUUGACACAAUUUUGGAUUAAAUGGAUCACAUCACA